AUGCAGCCUCACUAUCGGGGGUCCAACCCGGGCUACGACCUCCCCCCCGUGCAAGCUGUGACGUCGGGCGCAUUUCCCGCCCCCGCCGCCCUGCUCUCCGCUCCCCCGUCAAGACUCAACAGCGGCAUGCCAAUGGCUCAUUUGCUCCAUUCCAUGCCCCAGCAGUUACCUGCCCCCGCGACAUCGCCAUAUCCACGCUUCUACGAGUCCGCCUCAGGCUCCCCCGCCGAGAGCGGCGCCUUGCCCGAUACGGCGCCAGUGGGCGCCGGUGUCUUCCAGACCAGUCCCGUCGGCCAUGGCCAACCGUCCCCCGCGCAAUUACAACAGAAGCGCGCAUAUCGGCAACGUAGGAAGGAUCCCAGCUGCGAUGCCUGUCGCGAGCGCAAGGUCAAGUGCGACGCCUCCGAGUCCAGCAGCUGCACGGAAUGCAGCAAUCGCAGGGUCCGCUGCCAGUUCACCAAGGAGACCAAUCGUCGCAUGUCCUCCAUCAAGCAGGUCCAGGACUUGGAGAAGCAGUUACAUACGACCAGACAGCAGUUGCAACACCUGCAGACGGGGAGGAUGCGACCGGAUCGCAUGGUGGAUGCGGAUGAAGCCAUGACGCAGCCGAUGAUCAAAUUGCCGGAAAUCGAGUACCGGCCCGUCCAUCGGUCCAAGACACCAAUUCCUCGAAACUAUUCCGAGGUUCGUUCUAAUCUACGCCAGUAUGGUCGUGGCAUCUUCAAGGUGCCGACCCCUUACCGCGCGCAGGGCGCGGAGUCAUUGGUGACAGGUAAUGCGCCGGAGCUCCCACCGAAGCGGUUAGCCGACCACCUAGUGGCGCAGUACUUCAACUGCGUUCACUCGGUGCUUCCGGUGCUCCACUGGCCUACAUUCACCGCGGAAUUUGAAAAAGUUUACCGCGCGGGCACGUUACUCGGUGUCUCGAAUGAAUGGGCGGCUGUUCUUUAUGGAGUGUUUGCCUGUGGUGCCAUCCACACCGCGGAGCCCAACCGCGAAGAAGAAGGCAAGAAGUAUGUUCGCAUCUCCUGUGGAAUCAUCGAUGUCUGGCAUGACAACUUCAAUUUGGACCGGGCCCGGGCGGCCCUGCUAGCCAGUAUCUUCCUCUACGAAGUCAAUUCGAGGUCGGCCAGCUGGGUCUGGAUUGGUUCGGCCGUGCGUGUCGCUCAAGAGAUUGGGUUGCAUCUCGACUCUGGCCCCUGGCCCGCGGUCGAGGGGGAGAUGCGCAAGCGCGUGUGGUGGGGGUUAUACGCCUGGGACAGAUUACUCGCGCUCGAGAUGGGGAAGCCCGUUUUGAUCAACGACCAAGAUUGCGAUACCGAUCUCCCAUGUCCGGUCGACGAGCAGUACAUCGUGGAGGGAGCCCAUGUUCCUCCGGAUGGCCAACAAACCACACCACUCCUCGCGACCAUUCACGUUGUCCGCUCGAUUGGCCAACUCACCCGUACCCUCCGCUCGCCCACCAUCAGCCCGGCGACGCUCGAAACCUUCGAACUUCACUUCAACACUUGCCUCGCUACCUUCCCAACCCAAUUUCACCCCAAAACAACCGACCAAGACCUCGACCCCCGCUCCCUCGCCCCGGUUAUCUACCUCCAAAACGCCCGCCUCCUCCUCCACCGCCACAACAUCUCCCCCUUCUCCCCCGACCUCAUCCGCUGCUCGGCAAUGGACUACUGCGUCUCCACAGCCCUCGACACAGCCAACAUUCUCGCCCGCUGCAUGCGCAACUACCCAACCCACCCAGGUCCAGGCAACGACCCCCGCGCCCACUUCGCCACCUGCGCCGGCUCCCUCCUCUGCACCCACAUCUGGCGCUGCAGUCUCUUCCUUCUCUUCCGCGCCGAGUACGCCGGCGCUCUAGCCUGCGUCCAAGCCCUCGUGUCAAUCGGCGACGUCCGCACCGUCAACGCCGCCUGCGGUCGCUACCUCGCCUUCUUCCUCCGACGACUCCUAGCCCGCAUCCGAGCCGAAGGCCACAUCCCCGAUUUCGACCGUGACGAAGAAAUGAUCGCCUACGUCUCCGCCGAUAUGCAAGGCACCACGGACGGAAGCUGGGUGUGGCAUGGCUCGGAGACCGGCUCGCAGCUUGAAGUGGUGGGAACUCGCACGACGCCCAACUCUGCCGGCCGGCCUGAGAUGGAAUCCGAUCCUGAUUGGCAGGGCUGGGAGUGGAUUGAGAAGACGGUUCAGGAUCUGUUCACUGAACAGCAUCGUCGAGAGUAUCGCGAUACUCUUGGCGUUCCGAAGCAGGACGGUUCUCUUGCUGCGGAAUCGGCCUCUGAUACGGACAAGCGGUCGAGUUCCGCUCAUUCACGCAUGACGAUUGCUAGCAUUAUUUGA